CGUUGCGGUAUUCUAUUCUAACGUUUCGACAACAAAUUUCGGCUUUCGAUGUGAUUUUGUUCAGCGGACAAGUAACCACUUUAAAUUGAUAAGAAAUUAAACAAAACGACUUUUUUGGCUCAAGGAUAACAAAAUUAAAAAAAAAUAUAUAUUUUUUGGCAAAACAUUUAAAUUACCUUCAAGGAUUCACACGAAACGCCCGCUCCGUAGACAAGAUGAAGUCACAGCUAGCAGCAGUAGGCUUGUUACUGGUCAUUGCUCAAAUGACAACAACAACGUAUGCGGUAACAAUGCCUGACUACAUAAAAGUUUGCUCUCGCAAUGAUCCAAAGAUAAACGAAUGUAUUAAGAAUACCGUUCACGACAUGCGACCCUACCUCAAGGAUGGCAUCAAGGAGCUGAAUGUCCCCGCCAUGGAACCCCUGUUCAUAGGUGAUCUCAAUAUAUUGGAAGGCGGCAGUGCGGGUAUUAAUGUUAAGGCGAAAGAUUUGAAUAUCUACGGAGCAUCGAAUUUUGAAAUUAAAAAGCUCAAAAACUCAAACAAUGGAAUGCGUUACGACUUUGAAAUAAAUUUGCCACGGCUUCAGGGAGAAGGCAACUACGACAUAAAUGGCCAAAUUUUGACAUUGCCUCUGCGAGGUAAUGGUCCCUUCACCGGCAAUUUUACCAACUUCUAUGCCUUUGUGAAAAUCCUUUUCGACGUCAAGGAAGUCAAUGGCGAUGAAUAUCUGCAGAUCAAUAAUUUGGAAGUGAAAAUUCGUACCGGCAAGGGACGCAUACGCCUGGAGAAUCUCUUUAACGGCGACAAGGCCCUGGGUGAUGUGGUCAACGAUACGAUCAAUCAAAAUUUCGAAGUCUUCACAAACGAGCUGAUUGGGCCCAUUGAACGGGCCUUGGAGAAGAAAUUCUUGGCUAUAUCACGUAAAAUUAUAGAAAAUUUCACCUACAAUGAAUUGUUCCCUGUGUAAAGGAAGAAGAACAGCUAAUUUUUGAAAUGAACAAAAUUUGUAGAAGCAUUUUUUGGAAACUAUUAUGAAAAAAAUUAUUGAAGGACUUUUUUUUGGUCGUAAAUUUGGUCAUUGUGAUGAUAGCUUUAUUAUUUCCUUAUGUUUAUUUCGUAUAUUCCUUUUCAAUGUUUUUUGAAAUUCCAUAAUAUGCUCCUGAUUACAUUCGUCUUUAAGUUAGUAAACAAUAAAAAAAUACUUAAUAUUUUUUUUUAUAAAAUGUAAAUAAAUAAUGAAAACGAUUAUA